AUGGCCAACAACAAUCUGAACCGCCCGCUCAACACUGAUGUGGCUGAUUCUUCCGACUCCAACUCAACACCUGACACUGCUCCGCCACAAUCUUCCAGCGACCCUCAAGUGAUCGGCCACCAGGCUCCUAGUCCCAGCGCCUCCAGCCGCACUGAGGACUGCUCGUCCAGUUUCGCGAGAGACCUGAACAGCUACAAUAAUGGUCAGUCGGGGGCAACUGGUGCGGUGUCCUGGGAAGCUCCCCAGGAGCCCUCAGGGGCUAACGCAGUGUCUCAGAUCCACCCGGGGAAUGGCGAGCAUAGCCUGCAGCAGAAGCCUAAGCCACAGAAGGUGAGCGGCUCGAGCUCCCUGGCCACUUCUGAACGCUAUAAGACUGAGCUGUGUCGGCCCUUUGAGGAAAGCGGCAUUUGCAGGUACGGUCACAAGUGCCAGUUCGCGCAUGGCUACCGCGAACUGCGUACCCCGUCAAGGCACCCCAAGUACAAGACAGAGCCUUGCCGCACCUUCCACAGCGUCGGCUUCUGCCCCUAUGGCACUCGCUGCCACUUCAUUCACAACCAGCCUGAGCAGCAACUUGUGCCUUCCGAGAGUGCCUUUGAGGAGCCCAGCUCCUUCAGUGGCUCCAACGUGCUGCAUUUGGGCGUCAACGGGGAGCAGCAGCCCGGACUGCAGAGUGAAAGCCCUUCGGGCUUCCUGUCGGUCAACAGCCAAGCCCUCCAGGCAUCUCUGCUGCUCAACCAGCAGGCUUUGAGCUCAGGUGGGGUUCUGCCCUCAUCACACUCUGCCGCCGCCGCCGCCAACGUCCGGAUGAUGUGCUGCAAAACAUCAUCCUCUACUACAGCCCAAGACCCUGACAAAGAUGCUAACAACGACCCGAGCAACGACUCUGCCAACGACGCCCUCGCCUUUCCCCAGGAGCCGGGUGACUUCUCUCCUGUGGCAUUCCAGAACCCUAACAAUGCUACCACGACUCCCGCUGCCUCCUACAACAACCAGCAGCAGAUGGGCCUGGCAGCUUCCGCACAGUUCCAGAUGCCCCUUGCCGGGCCUCUGCCUUCAGCCACCAUCUUUGGCCAGGCUGGUGUUGGCCCUGCCCUUGCUCCUGGGGCGGCCAUGGCUCCUGGGGCGGCCCUCGCUCCUGGGGCGGCCCUCACUCCUGUGGCGGCCCUUUCUCCUGGGGCGGCCAUGACUCUUGGAGCUGCCAUGGCUACUGGGGCUGCCAUGGCUACUGGAGCUACCCUCACUCCUGGGGCAGCCCUCGCUCUUGGAGCUGCCAUGGCUGCUGGGGCGGCCCUUACUCCUGGAGUUGCCAUGGCUCCUGGGGCUGCUAUGGCUGCUGGAGCGGCCCUCGCUUUUGGGGCUGCCAUGGCUACUGGGACUUCCCUCACUCCUGGGGCUGCCAUGGCUCUUGGUGCUGCCAUGGCUACUGGAGCAGCCCUCGCUCCUGGGGCAGCAGUGGCUCCUGGGGCAACCCAUGCUCCUAGGGCUGCAUUCACUCCUGCAGCGGCAGCCCUCGCUCCUGGGGCAGCCCUCCCUCCUGCGGCUGCCCUCACUCCUAGAGCAGCCCUCGCUCCUGGGGCGGCCCUCGUUCCUAGGGAGGCCUUCACUCCUGGGGCUGCCCUCCCUCCUGCGGCUGCCCUCACUCCUAGAGCAGCGCUUGCUCCUGGGGCUGCCCUCGCCCCUGGAGCAGCCCUCACUCCUGGGGCUGCAUUUGCUCCUGGAGCGACCCUCGCUCCUAGGGCUGCAUUUGCUCCUGGAGCGACCCUCGCUCCUAGGGCUGCAUUUGCUCCUGGAGCGACCCUCGCUCCUAGGGCUGCCAUCACUUCUGGGGCUGCCAUUGCUCCAGGAGUUGCCACAGCCUCUACCAGCAUAUUGGCUCCAGGUGCUGCAACUGCCACUGUGGGCAAUACAUCCUCAACUACAAUCACUGCUGCCACCGCUGCAGAGGGUGCCGCACCAUACUUCACCUUCCAACAGCCAGAUGUCGUCGAGUCAGAGUCUGAGUCUGAGUCGCUGGAGUUCGACGUGGUCACCAGCACCCUGGAUUCCCUGUUGGUCAGUGAUGACGAUGAGGAAGACUUCCCGAGGCGUUCCUCAAGCUCCAGCAGCCCCAAUGACUCCGAGUUCGACAACACCAACUCCAGCCGCCGUCUGCCCAUCUUCAGCCGUUUCUCAGACUCUGACAAAUGA